UGGUGCUAUUUAUCCAAAGCCCAAAUAUUGCUCUGUAAGCCUUAUUUUUUGGAUAUAACUUACAACACUUAUCCGACCCAACUUUCUUCGCUCUAACAGCUCUUACAAACCCUAGAAAAAUAUUUUUGAGCCAAUGAGUAAGCUUCAGAGUGAGGCUGUUAGAGAAGCCAUCUCUACAAUUAAGAAUGAUUCUGCUGAGAAAAAAAGAAAGUUCUCUGAGACUAUCGAGCUCCAGAUUGGGCUUAAGAACUAUGAUCCCCAAAAGGACAAGCGUUUCAGUGGAUCUGUGAAGUUGCCUCACAUUCCACGCCCUAAGAUGAAGAUUUGCAUGCUCGGAGAUGCUCAGCAUGUGGAGGAGGCAGAAAAGAUCGGUUUGGAGUACAUGGAUGUCGAGAGUCUCAAGAAGCUUAAUAAGAACAAGAAGUUAGUUAAGAAGCUUGCAAAGAAAUACCAUGCUUUCUUGGCUUCAGAAUCCGUCAUCAAGCAGAUUCCUCGUCUCUUGGGUCCUGGUUUGAACAAGGCAGGUAAGUUUCCUACCCUUGUUACCCACCAAGAGUCUCUCGAGUCUAAGGUUAACGAGACCAAGGCUACCAUCAAGUUCCAGUUGAAGAAGGUGCUUUGCAUGGGUGUUGCUGUUGGAAAUUGCGAUAUGGAUGAGAAACAAAUCUUCCAGAAUGUGCAAAUGAGCGUGAAUUUCUUAGUCUCGUUGCUAAAGAAGAAUUGGCAGAACGUAAGGUGUUUGUACUUGAAGAGCACCAUGGGGAAGACUCAACGUGUCUUUUAAGACACGAUCGUCUCACUUUUGGAGCUUUCGGUUCAUUCUUGUAAGAGAAUACUUCUGAAAUUUUUGGAUAGUAGUCAUCCUCAGGGGUCCUAUAUUGUUGAGACGAAUUCUUUUUGCAAGCGAUAUUAGCUCUGUUCUUUGUUCUCUUAUUUAUCGGACUAUGAUUUCUUUUGCA